AUGCGUUACUUCAUCACUGCCUCACUCCUCGUCGCCGGUACCCUAGCCCAAUCAACCGACGACUACCUCAAAUGCGCCAAAGCUGCCCUCAACACCAUCGACCCAUCAACCUUCACAACCUGCACAGACAAAACCUCCCAAGAAUGCUUCUGCGCCAACAAAUCCGCCCUCGAAACCCUAGCAACCUCAACCGUCCCCGCCUGCGAAGGUCUCGACCUCAGCACCAUCUCGUCAACCCUCUGCCCCAGCGAUCGCGAGGCCGCCCCCGCCCGCCACGCAAGCAAGCCCAUGAUACUGGCCGAUAAGCGCGCCUACGCACCUGAGCCCGCUCCGCGCGUUGUCUACGUGACCAAGACCCGCACCGACUGCAGCUGCAAGAGCACGCCCGCCGUCGAGAAACCACUGCACGUCUCGCAGAUCCCUGUCAAUGUCCCGGCGUCCAGCAGUUUGGCUUCUGUUGCGGCUGCUGCGUCGACACCGGCCGGUCGGGAGCAUGGAUUGAUGGGUGGUGCGGCUUCGUCGUCUGUGGUAUUUGGGCCGCAGGCUUCUGGGGCGACGCCCUCGGCUCGGCCUUCUGGGGUUGAUCCUACUCGCUUCUCGCCUUUCCAGGGGGCGGCGACUGUAGGGGCUUCUGUGAAUGGGGGUGUUGCGGUGCUUGGGGUUGCGGCUGUUAUGGCUGUUAUGGUUGCUUUGUAG